UUGAUGGAAGGUUUAACCUGGUUCAUGUUAUCAACUUAGAGGAAUACGAGCGCCUAUUAGGCCAAACCGUGGCAAUGCUGGAAAAAAUUGCUGUGGAUGAGAAAGAACGGAUGGUAAUUGAUUUCCAUGUUAAUACAAUUUUUUCCCAAUUAGAUACGCUUAGGGGUAAAUACAAGAAGCAGAAACGCUCUAUCAAUUGGAUCGGUUCAGCUUGGAAGUGGUUGGCUGGCAAUCCGGAUGCAGCAGAUUGGGAUAAUGUGUUGAGGUCUGAACAAAGCAUCAUUGAAAAUAAUAAUCACCAAUAUGUGAUCAACGAUCGACUCUUUAAAGCGUCACAGGAAACAAUAUCUAAGGUUAAUGCAAUGGUGGCACGAUUUCACAACGAGGUCAAUGCAACGAACGUCGAAAAAUUCAUUAAUCAAAUCCUACGCCAAAUAAUGGUCAUCAAAGAAGAGGUAAACGAGGUUAUGAGAGCCGCGCAAAUGGCCAAAGGUGGCAUAGUCAACUCUAAUGUACUCGACAGAGAAGAAAUUCACCGCAUAAUUGACGAAAUUGCAACACUCCCUUAUUCUAAUGAAUUGGAGGCCAUCGAGUACGCCGAUCCAAGGGUAUGCACAAACGGUUCAAUGAUUCUCUAUGUCCUUUCACUGCCCAAGACUUACCGUUUAACACGUUGCUGGUUAAUGAGAAAGAGACAUAUGGGAUCACCAAACCAUGCAUGCGAAUCAACAACAAUACCGUGUGUGAGGAAACGAGCUUGAGAAAACUCCCUGAAGAUGAUUGUGUUUCAAUUCUCAUCAAAGGAGGUGAAGCAAAAUGUUCCUACAGAUCC